AUGAGGAGCGGCGAGGACCUGGAGGGCUUCGACGGGGAGGCGUCGAGCACCUCCAUGAUCUCGGGCGCCAGCAGCCCUUACCAGCCCACCACCGAGCCCGUCGGCCAGCGGCGCGGCCUCCGAUGCGACCCCGACUACCUGAAGGGGGCCCUGGGCAGGCUCAAGAUCGCCCAGGUGGUUUUGGCAUUGAUUUCCUUCAUCUGCAUAGAGACCAUCAUGGAAUGCUCCCCAUGUGAAGGCCUGUAUUUCUUUGAAUUCGUCAGCUGCAGCGCAUCCGUCGUUACAGGAGUUCUGUUGCUUAUGUUCAGUCUGAAUCUCCACACAAGAAUACCGCAGAUCAACUGGAACAUUACAGAUUUGGUCAAUACUGGACUCUGCACUUUCUUCUUUUUCAUUGCCUCUGUAGUACUUGCUGCUCUAAACCAUAAAAAAGGAGCAGAAAUUGCAGCUGUGAUAUUUGGUUUCCUGGCAACUGCAGUCUAUGCUGUGAAUUCAUUUUUAGCAGUAAAGAACUGGAGAAUUAACAGCCGGCAGCAAAACACAAGGCAGACCAGUGAUUACAUGCGGGCGCGGACAGAAUCGAGAGAAGUUGAUCAACGCCCAGAGAUUCAGCGUCUAGAUGGGUGA